GUCAAUAAGUCAAACUAAUAUUGACAAUUGACAAGUAUUUGAAGUUACAUAAAGUUAAUACAUCUGCAAUUUUUAAAAUUUGGAAUUAGUAUUUGUUCCAAAUAUGUCUACUUUUGUCAGAGUGGGCUGGACUCGAUUUAAUCAAGGUGUAACUCGCAAUCUGAAUAAAUCCCGAAAUGUAACUUUAAUUAGAACAAUUACUAGUAAGUCCACAAGAAGCGGAGAAGACCACCCGACUAAGCCUGCACCUUGGCCCUAUCAAGAAAAGAGUUUCAACUUAUUUCAUUAUUUAUAUGACAAAACUACAUCUAGGUUUGAUGAGAACUCUAAGAUUAUUGUUGUUGAAGGUCUGCCCGCAACGGGCAAAUCAAAAUUUGCUAAAAAAAUAGCAGAAGAAUUUGAGAUGCUUUAUUUACCAGAAGCUAAUUUAGAUAUGACUUAUAUCAAUAGCUAUGGUUUUGAUUUAAGAAAGCUAGAUGUUCAGUUACCAGAUAGCUGCAAGAGUUGGGACGUUAUGGAUUUUUUAAGGAAUCCCAAUCACAGACAUACUCUAAGAUUUCAAAUUCAGCAAUAUAUUGUUAGACUAUCUCAAUACGUCGAUGCAUUAGCUCAUGUAUUCAGCACAGGUCAGGGCGUAGUUUUAGACCGAUGUGUCUAUUCCGAUUUUGUAUUUGCUGAAGCUAUGUAUAGCCAAUGUUAUAUAAAUAAAUUGGGUCGCAAAAAGUAUUAUGAAUUCCGUGAUUGCACUAUUGGUGAACUUCUACGACCACAUUUAGUAAUAUAUUUGGAUGUGCCGGUACCCAAAGUAAUAGAGAAUAUAAAGAAACGUGCAAUUAGUUAUGAGAAAGAUUCACCUGUUUUAACUACAAAGUAUUUGGAAGUUAUGGAAAAACAAUACAAACAAAAUUAUUUAAGAGAAAUUGGUAAACAUGCUGAGUUGUUAAUAUAUGAUUGGACUAAUGAAGGAGAUGUGGAAAUAGUGGUUGAAGACAUUGAAAGAAUAGAUUUCAAUAAAUAUGAUUCCCAAGACCCAAAUUUGAAAGAUUGGGUUUACAGAUUGGAAGAAGAAUGGGCAUUAUUGAGACAUAAAUAUGCUGAUAAGAAAGAUAAAAUUAUGAAUUAUUGUAAUAUCCCUUGUUUCGAAAUUCCGGAAUUAUGCGUAGAAGCUUCAGAAGCAGACACUUAUCAUAAAGUCAUGAGCGAGGCUCCAGGUGAAAAAUAUGAAAAAGGUUACAACGUUAAUGUAGGCGACGGGAGUCUUUUAUUUAAAAUCAAAAGUCCUCAUCGAGAAACUUUACCCUUAACCGAGAGAAGGAAAGUUUAAGGGAUUUCUUUCAUUGUACCUAUCACAAGCCUUUGCCAAGAAAUUGUAUCAUUAGAAUUUAACUCCAAUUGUUCAGGUUGUAAACAUUGUAUAAAAUAUAAAUAAAACAAAAGUACACCACUAAA